AUGCCGAGGAAAUCUCAUCUAUGUGCCGAGGAAAUCUCAUCUAUGAUUCUCACAAAGAUGCGAGAAAUUGCAGAGGAAUAUUUGGAAUCACCUGUUAAGAAUGCAGUUGUUACGGUGCCAGCUUAUUUCAAUGAUUCUCAACGAAAAGCCACUAUAGAUGCUGGCGCCAUUGCUGGCCUUAAUGUUAUGCGAAUAAUCAAUGAACCCACUGCUGCAGCCAUUGCAUAUGGCCUUGACAAGAGAACUAAUUGCGUAGGAGAACGCAACAUUUUUGUGUUUGAUCUUGGUGGUGGGACUUUUGAUGUAUCUCUCAUUACACUCAAAGAUAAGGUCCUUCGAGUUAAGGCUACGGCCGGAAACACUCACCUCGGAGGAGAGGACUUUGAUAACCGAAUGGUAAACUACUUUGUACAAGAGUUCAAAAGAAAGAAAAAAGUGGACAUUAUUGGGAACCCAAGAGCUUUGAGGAGGUUGAGAACUGCAUGCGAGAGGGCGAAAAGGGCACUAACUUUUGUAUUUACCACCACUAUUGAGGUAGAUGCUUUAUUUCAGGCCAUUGACUUCUCUUCACCAAUCACCCGUGCCAAGUUUGAGGAAAUCAACAUGGAUCUUUUCAUCGAGUGCAUGGAGACAGUUGAGAGGUGUCUAGUUGAUGCUGGGAUGGACAAGAGUAGUGUAGAUGAUGUUGUCCUUGUUGGUGGAUCUUCAAGGAUUCCUAAACUGAGACAACUAUUGCAGGACUUUUUUAAGGGGAAAGAACUAUGCAAAAGCAUCAAUCCUGAUGAGGCUGUUGCUUAUGGGGCUGCUGUCCAGGCUGCAUUCUUGACUGAAGGUGUUAGUAAUGUUCCAAAUUUGGAGCUGAUGGAUGUCACACCUCUGUCUUUAGGUUGGGGCCUAAAAAAUGAUGUCAUGAGUGUGGUGAUUCCUAGGAACACUUCGGUUCCUGUCAAGAACACACUGUCAUAUGUUACGGUUAUUGAUAAUCAAUCCGCUGUCCUUAUUGUGGUUUACGAGGGCGAGAGAACCAGAGCCAGUGACAACAACCUUCUUGGUUUUUUCCGUCUUUUGGGCUUACCACCUGCUCCUCGCGACUAUCCUUUUAAGGUAUGCUUUGAUAUAGAUCAAAAUGGUAUUCUAACUGUUACUGCUAUGGAAAAAUCCACUGGCAGUACUAAUGAGAUUACAAUAACCAACAACAAAGAAAGGUUGUCAAACGAUGAAAUUAAGAGAAUGAUCCGCGAAGCUGAGGAGUAUCGCGUUGAAGAUAAGAAGUUCUUAAGGAAGGCCAAAGUUAUGAGUGCAUUGGAUGACUGUGUUUACAAAAUGAGAAACGCAAUGGAGAAAAAGGGUACUAAAUUAAAGCUCUUAUCCCAAGAAAACAAGGAGAUCAAUGCUGCAAUUACCAUUGCCACAAAUUUGCUUGAUGAGAACUACCAACAGCACGAAAUUGAUGUUCUUGAGUAUCAAUUGAGUGUUCUUGAGAGUAUGUAUGAACGCAUUAUGAAAUUGUAA